AUGUUUGAACGUUUUGUCAAACAGCUGCCUCGACAUUUUAUACCUAGUGAAAAUUUAACGAUUGAUGAACAACUAGUUCCUCUUCGUGGUCGAUGUCGUUUUGUACAAUACAUACCCAAGAAAUCUGUCAAGUAUGGAUUGAAGUUUUGGGUUUUAUCUGAUGCGGAUAGUCGUUAUGCGUUAUCCAUUGAUCUACAUACCGGAAAAAAGGACAACAUUAUCCAGAAAGAUCUUCGUACUAAUGUUGUUCUUCACUUAGUUGAUCAAUUACCAAAUAACGUCAAGCAAGGACGUAGUAUAACAUUUGAUCGUUACUUCACGGAUUUAAAGUUAUCCGAAGCUCUAUUGGAUCGAAAAAUGACUUCAGUCGGAAUCGUUGAACACAAACGUUCUUUUUUACCCAAUGAACUUAAACUACAGUAUCCACCAUAA